AUGAGUAAACUUGGUGAUGAAUUCAUAUCAACUUCUAGUGAGGUAUGUUCACCAAUUCAAUUGAUUACAGAUUAUGAAGAAAAAUUACCAUUCAGUCAUAUAAAUAAUUUCACAAGUGCACCACAACAUGGGUGGUUUGCUGCAUCUGGUAAAGAUAAAAUCAUUCUAGGUUCAAUUAAAGAUUUAAAACAAGAUGUAAUUAAUGAAGAAUCUAAAUAUAAUACAAAUCGUCAUGAAAUUGAAUUUCAAAAUGUUAUAAGCACUUCUUUCACAAAAGAUGAAAAACAAUUCAUUGUUAUAACUCCACAAGCUGUUCAUUAUGCCCCUAUAUCAGAUUAUAAAUCAUUGAGUUCUAACGAUUUUAAAUCAAUAGAUAUUGGAACUUCAUCAAUUGAUCUAGCUAUAGUAUCACCACUAAAUAGCUCAUUAGUUGCCAUACUAGGAACUGAUGGUGAAUUAUCAAUACUUGAUAUCACAACAGGAUCAAAAAAUGUUAUUUUUAGAGAAGUUGUUUAUUUUAGUUGGUCACCAAAGGGUAAACAAAUUGCUAUUGCCACAAAAGAUGGAUUCAUUAAACAAAUAACUACAAGCGGUGAAGUCAAACUUACAAUUGAUAGACCUGAAGACUUGAAGGAAGAUGGUAUAUUACCAAUUUCGUUACAAUGGAUUGCUCCUUUCAGAUUUUUAGUUAUAUUUGGUGAAAUUCCAAAUGAAGAUGAAGAAGAUCCUUCAUAUGAGUUCAAAGCUUUUGUAUUAACACAUGAAAAAUCAACAGGUGAAACAUCAUUUGAAGAGAAUUUUGAUUUAAUUCCAGCUUUUGGGUCAAUUUUAAGAAAACCUACAAUUUAUUCAUCAUCAUUCCAUAAUUUAUCUGGCUCAAUGAAUUUAUUAACAAUUGUCGCUUCAUCAACCUCUGUGGAAAUCUCUGCUCUACUGUAUUCAGAAGUGAUAUUACCAGAAAGUGAUGCUGCAAGAGCUGCUUUACCAAUUGAUGAUAAUACAGGUAACGAUAUCAAUGCAAUUGGUUUAAUUACAGAUAUUAGUGACACUGGUAGAAUUGAAGAGCCAUGUCAAGGUGUUUCAGAAGCUAAUUGGCUUCCAGCUGUUUGGGUUUUAGGUAAUGACGGUAAAGUUCAAGGUUGGUAUAUUUACCACGUUCAUGAUUUGAAAAAUGGUACUUUUAAACAAGAUGGUGUCAAAGACUAUGAAGAUUCAUUAUAUAAAACUGCAUUAGAUGGCAUUCCUGCUUCUUCAACUGUACCAAGUACAGCUUCCACACAUACAGAAACUAAGCCAUCAGGAUUUGGCUCAUCUCAACCACAAUCUACAUCUCCAUUUGCUAGUUUCAAUAGUGGUAAUACAUCUACAACUACAGAUAAUAAAUCACCAUUUGCAUCAUUUAACCAACCACAAUCAGAUAAUAAAUCACUAUUUGGUACUUCAGGGGUUGGUCAAACUACUACAGAUAAUAAAUCACCGUUUGGUACUUCAGGUUUAGGUCAAACCGCUACAGAUAAUAAAUCACCAUUUGCUUCAUUUGGGAAUAAUGACCAAAAAGAUGAUAAACCAGCAUUUGGAUCUUCAGGAUUUGGACAAUCAAAAUCAGCAUUCGGAUCUAGUGGAUUUGGGUCUUCAGGAUUUGGUCAAACUUCAACUGAUAGCAAGCCAGCAUUUGGAUCAUCAAGCUUUGGUCAAACGACUUCAGAAAAUAAACCAGCAUUUGGAUCUACUGGAUUUGGAUCAAGCUCAUUUGGUCAAUCAACAGCAAACAAACCAGCAUUUGGAUCCAGUGGAUUUGGACAAAGCUCAUUUGGUAAGUCAUCAACAGAUGGCAAACCAUCAUUCGGAUCAAGUGGUUUUGGAUCGUCCUCUUUUGGAUCAUCAGCAACUGAUAACAAACCAGCAUUUGGCUCUUCAUCCUUUGGAUCAUCCACAUUUGGUCAAUCUAAUACCAAUGCUCAAUCACCAUUUGGUGCUUUAGGUUCUGGUCAAACAUCUAAUCCUGCUUUUGGAUCAUCAACUUUUGGUCAAAACAGCGGUAACUCUCAAUCACCAUUUGGUGAUUUAGGAGCCAGUCAAACAUCUAAGGAUGAAAAACCAGCUUUUGGAUCAACAACAUUUGGACAAUCGUCUACUGCCAAUAAAUCAGCAUUUGGAUCAUCAACUUCAGGCCAAUCUUCUGCUGAUAGUAAGGAAUCAUCGUCUGGAUCAUCAUUAUUUGGCCAAACACCUUCUAAAAAUCCUAAUCCUGCACCAUUUGCAUCACCUGCCUCAGGAACUGCUGGAUUUGGUAAAAGUCCAGAUAAACCAGCCGCUAAACCAGCCUUUGGAUCACCAUUCACCACCGUUAGUUCUAAACCAGCAUUUGGCGGUAAAAUUGAAGAUUCACCAUUUGGUAAGAAGUUGAGUGAUGAUGAAUCACCGUUUGCAAAGUUUGGUACAAACAAAACUGAAACAAAAUCCCCAUUUGAUAGCGCACAACCUUUUGGAACAAAUGAAACUUCAUCUAUAUUUAGCAAAGCUUCCAAAGAAACUGCUCAAUCAUCACUAAAUGAAAGUCAAAAAGAUACAAAACAAGAUAAGUCAUCUUUAAAUACACUAUCAGGAGAUCUUGGUGGAUCUUUGUUUGGUAGUGAAUCACAAUCAUCAGCACCUAAAACCAAAGUUCCAGGGUUAUCAGAUUCAGAAGACGACGAUAGUGAAGAUUCAGAAUUAGAAGAAUCAAAAAUUGAAGAUUCAGAUGAUGAAAGUGACAAACCUAUUAAUCAACCUACAACAUCAAAAGGCCCAACUAGUUUUGGUGGCUCUACUGGACCAACAUCAUUCGGAUCCACAGGACCAACCUCAUUUGGAUCAACCACAUUUGGAUCUACAGGUUUUGGCUCAACAGCAUUUGGCUCAUCUGGAUUCAAAUUUGGCCAACAACCUCAAAAACCAACAUCAAAUAAAUCUGAAGACAAAGUUGAAAAACCAGUGUUCGGUGGGUUUGGACAAUUUGCUUCACAAAAUAAACUAGAAGAUUUGAGUAAACAAAAGAACGUCUUUGAAAAAGAAACAUCAUCUACUGAAAAGAAGGAAACUGAAGUUCUACCACCACAAGAUUCAAAAGCUGAAGAAGAGACACCAGAAGAAGUAAAAAGUGAAGAAAAUGGUGAAGAAGAAGAUGAUGAUGCCGAAGCAGAAGACUCAGAAGCACCAGAAACCACUUAUGAUGAAGGAUAUACAGAAGGUGCUACAGAAGAUCAAUUCCAUAAAUUUGACGAUGAAGAAGAAGAAGAAGAUGAUGAUGAUGACGAAGAUGAAGAAGAAGAAGAUGACGAAGACGAAGAAGAUACUACUCAACAACAAGAUGACACUAGAGAUUUUGAAUCAGAAGAUAACAAUGAAAGUGAAGAUCUUUCUGCUGAUGAGCUAGGUGAUGAGAUUGACAAGAAUUUGAACAUUGAUGAAGAAGAUGAAGAAACUAAGAACGAUGAAGAACAUGACGAUCAUGAAUUUGAAAAUGUCAGAGAAGAAGAUACUAGAGACUCAUCAUCAUUAGAUUCAUACAAAGACAAAGAAGAUGAAGUUCUUUAUAAAGAAGCACAAUCUCAGAAAGAUCAAGAGGAAACCAUCAAUACAUCAUCACAAGAAAAGGCAGUUCAAUCAGAAAGACCUCCAUAUGUACAUAAAUCAGUUAGUGCUGAAGUUGUUACAAAAGAAAUCGGUGUAUCUGCUACAGUUGAAACUUCAGAAAUUGAUGUACAAACUGACGAUGUUAAAUUUGAAUCAAUUGCAUUACAAUCAUUUGAGGAUGAUGAAAUUUAUUUCGGCUCUCAUUUCAUUCCAUCUGAAGUACCAAAUUAUGAACGUUUAUUAUCAGUCAAAUAUCCAACUUUAAGUCAAGAUCCAAUCUUUAGACAACUGGAAAAGAUUUAUUAUGAUACUCAAGCUGAAAUUUCAAUAAUUGAAAGUAAUUGUACGAAUCUUGGGAAAUUUUUAGAUGAUCAUUUAAAAUCAGAUUUGGUCAAUACAGAGGCAUCAUUAUCACAACCACAUCAUUGGAGAUUAUCAGAAGCUGCUAAUUUAAGUAAAAUCAUAAGUAAAUAUGGUCAAGAUGCUUCAAAGACAAAAGAAUCAAUUAUAGCUGAAGAAAAACAAAUCAAAUUAGUUCAAGAUAAACUUGAUUUAUUAGAAAAACAAAGCAUAAGAGUCAGAGAAAAAGUUUUAUCAUUAACAAAAUUAUCAGAUAAAGCUGUUUUAAAUGCUCGUGAUUUACCAAUUGAUGUUUUAAUAUUACAAGAUAAAAUUAGAAAAAACCAUGCACAAGUAUUACAAGAUUUAAGAGCAAGUGAAUCUAAAAUUUUAUCUUUGAAAACUUCAACAAAUGUUUUCUAUAAUGAACCACCAACACCAGAUGCAUUACAAUCUAUUAUUAAUCACAUUAAUUCAAUAACAAGAGAUUAUUCUAAAGAAACUAGAGAAUUAACUGAACAAAUUGCAAAUUUGAAUAUUAAUCAUGCAAAAAUACUUGAAAAAUUACAUGAUGGUAAAGAUGAAUCAUUUAAACAAGAUAUUUUGGGAAAUAAAGGUUUAACAAAACUUAGAAUUGAAGAUUUGAAUAAAAAAAUGGAAGCUAAACAAGCAUUAGGUGAAGCUUUACAAUCUAGACCUGUUAAAACUGUUGUGGUAAACUUAUAA